CUCUCUUAGUAUGAGGACACGUAUUUUCACUUUAUGCGGAAAUCAAAUGUUGGAUGCUAAUGACUGUCAAUGAUAAGCAACGCUAGCAUCUAACCCACGUUAAGGACUAUAUCCAUACAAUUGCGUCCAUCUGCGACUGCAAUUAUUAACGGUACAUUAUCGCAAUAUUGCAUCUUAUAUAUAUAAAUGGCUCAUAUGCAGGAUCUAGGGAUUGGUUUGUACAUGUAAAUGCACCGCCCCCACACACUGGUUAGCCAGCAAAAACAACUGGAGCAGUGUUAAGAAAUGGACUGGUCAGCCAACAGGACUAUCCCCGACGACGGGGAGGGCUCUAAGUUGCAUAUUAUGUCCAUGUCUAUAUAAAAUGCCGCUGUACUAUAACCUCAUGGAAUGUUAGAUUGUUUGUGAGAAUACUAUAUGCUCGUGCGUAAACUUUGAGUUGGAAUUAAGGUGGGAGCAUUUCAAAAUGAAGUAUAUAACUUAACCCUCAUCUCUUAAUGUCUAUCAGUCUAGUGCAUACAUACCUGCCUUGGUCUCAUUGGACGCUAAUUCCAAUCGGUCAGGAAUACUUGUUUAUUGCGGUACAUCACCGCAUUAUAUCUGUACACCCUUGCCUAAUAAGCCGCCGAAUCUUGAUUUGCCACAAGCCGCUAUACCACGUAUAAUUUUUCAAAACGGAUCUAUCCUGCCGCACAUCUAGCUGUCGCUAGCGAGGACAUGGAGCUAAGGCUCAUCCUGUUAUUGUUAUUCCUCUCCACAUCACAUUUCCACCAUGUUAUUUCCGCCGCCGUUAGACCCAAACACGACCCCAGAUUAUCCCUCAUAGCGACGGAAGAACCCGUUCCUCCCACCAAACAAUCAGCACCGACAUCGACAGCUAGUCAAAGAGAUGCCAUAUCAGCCUUAGCCAAGCAGCUGACCAGUCAAAUAACCAGCCAAUUACAGGCUAAUCAAGUUGUUAUUGGAACACCCGUCGGCGGCGUCCCGCCGACCGUUAUUCAAGGUACACCAGUAGCAGGAAGUGUGAUACAGGGCGUUCCCGUUGGCUCGUACGGUACCGGUGGCGGCUACGGGGGUUACGGAUCCAGCUACGGUGGUGGCGGUUACGGUGGCGGCGGUUACGGUGGUGGCGGUUACGGUGGUGGCGGUUACGGUAGCGGUGGUUACGGUGGCGGGGGUUACACCAAUCCGUAUUCAUACUACGGAGGAAGUGGAUAUGGAGGUUAUGGAGGUGGUGGAUACGGAAGCUAUGGCGGUUACGGAGGAUACGGUGGAGGGGGUUACGGAUCCUUUGGAUCCGGUAACGUUAUUGUCGGCACCCCCGUGGCUGGCACCGGAGGAGUGGUGGUUGGGACCCCCGUAGCAGGCGUAGCAGGCGCAGCAGCUGGUUUAGUGGCAGCCGGGACUACCAACGUAGCAGCAGUGCCAAUUGAUCCAACUACAACAGAUGAGAUUGAUCGCGCCCUCAACGUGGCACUCAAUGCCAUUGCUAGCGGCGGCGGCUUAACGUCGCGCCAAACCUCUAACCCUAUUUCCGUUACAGUCACAACCGGCACAGCGGCUGGCUCAACCUUAACUGAUCGUCAGAACGUGAUUGUGGGAACACCUACGGGAACCACCGGCAACGUUAUUGUGGGAACACCAGUCGGCUAUGGUACUACCGGUACUUUCGGAGGCACGUACGGAAGUGGCUUCGGAGGCUACGGAAGUUACGGAAACACCGGCAAUGUUAUUGUUGGGACCCCCGUCGGCACCGGAAACGUUGUUGUUGGCACACCGGUUGGCACUGGGACGACCGGCAACGUAAUCGUCGGAACACCGGUCACAGGCACCACCGGCAAUGUCAUCGUUGGCACGCCGGUUGGAGGCGGUUACGGAGGCGGAGGCUACGGCGGCUAUGGUGGAGGCGGCUACGGAGGGGGCGGUUACGGUGGAUACGGCGGUGGUGGAGGCUUCUAUGGGGGGAAUUCGGGCUACGGAGGGUAUGGUGGUGGAUACGGCUCUGGCGGAUAUGGCGGCGGUCUCUAUGGCGGGGGCUACGGCGGCGGAGGCUACGGUGGUGGCGGAUACGGCGGGUUGAGUUCGGGAUACGGUGGUUAUGGAGGUGGUGGUUAUGGCGGCGGUGGUUAUGGCGGUUAUUCUGGAGGCUACGCGCCGUACGCAAGCUCCGGAUACGGUGGCUAUGGAGGUGGCGGCUACGGCGGCGGUGGUUAUGGUGGCGGCGGCUAUGGCGGAGGCGGAUACGGUACUAAUUCAUACGGCAAUAGUGGACUUUACGGAACGGGCGGUUACGGCGCCCUGGGAAGCAGUGGGAAUGUGAUUGUUGGCACACCAGUUGCAGGCACAGGAACAGGAGGAGUGGUUGUCGGCACCCCUGUUGCAGGAACAGGAGCAGUGGCAGGACAAGUAAUAACUCAAGCACAAUUAGCGGCAACACUUCCAGUUGAUCCUGUAGCAGGAGUAGAUGAAAUUGACCGUGCACUUGCGACAGGUCAAGGCCAAUUAUCCUUCAUGCCCACUCAAGGCCAGGGCACUUCGUCAUCGUCCGUUCUGUCAAGCCCAUUAGCCCGUCAAUUUGCUAUUAAUACCGUGGUAGGAACGCCAGUCGCCGGCUCAUCAACCGGUAAUGUCAUUGUAGGAACGCCAAUUGGCGGCGGUUAUGGCGGCUACGGCGGUAGCAGCGGUUAUGGUGGAUAUGGUAAUACCGGCUACGGCGGCGGCGGUUAUGGAUUGAACCAGUAUGGAGGCGGCGGUCUGUACGGUGGUGGAUACGGAGGCGGCGGUUAUGGUGGUGGGGGAUAUGGUGGUUAUGGCGGAUAUGGUGGUGGCGGUUACGGAGGUGGCGGAUACGGUGGCUAUGGAGGAUAUGGUUACCGGUCCGGUUCAUCGAAAUCCAGCUCGAGCAGCUCCAGUUCCCCGUCUUCAUCGUCCCCAUCCAGCUCCGCUUCGUCAUCCAGUGCGUCGUCAUACCGACCGCCAUACGGAGCGAUCUCAAGUUCGUACAGGCAGUCCGGCAGCAGCAGUAGCAGCAGCAGUCCCGGCGCUCAAACGUAUCCAUCGUCAUCGCAGUUUUAUAAAUCACAACUUUCGGAACUCUGCAAGCGUUGCAUCCUCCGACAGUUCGGCAUUGAGAACAUCCAGCACUUGGAGUUCAUCCGCAUCCCCCGACGAAUCCGAUCCUACCUCAAGAAAAUCCCUACAGAAUACUUUAUCAAGCCAGACAAUUUUGGCUGGUUGCACUAUCUAAAUCACUUCACUCUGCGCAAUAUCCAUGCCGCCGAAUGCCUGCUGGAUCGCCGAAUCUAUACCGUCAAAAUGGUGUCAUCCACAUUCGUCUUGCCCAGUGCAACUGUUGAGGCAUGGAAAGCCAUUCGCCACCCUAACAUCAUGCAGUACAUCACAACAGUACGGGAAGUUCCGCCAUGGCGGAUUUACCACAUUUUCCAAGGCACCAGCAUGUCCCUGCGUGUCUGCGACGAACUGAAAACAUGCCGAAAACUAAUCAUUCCGGAGUUGCUUUUAUGGGAUGUAAUCGAAAAGGUCGUACUCGGUCUGAUCCAUAUUCAUCAUAAUCGCCGAUUGGUUUAUAACAACUUCAGUUUGGACCAUAUUUAUUACGCCCUCGAUGGCUGUCAGUUGCUCCUCGAAAACCCCUUACUUCAUGAUUUUCCCAAUCUUUCUUCGCAGAUUCCGCGGAGCUCGGGUCACUAUCGACCGCCGCCCUACGUGGUGGUCACCGAUCUCGACGGCGCCCUGCCCGGCGGCCACGAUCCGCUUUUCGACAUAUCUCCGGAUUAUUAUCUCAAAGAAUCCGAGAGACGCGCUGUGCAGUGCUUGGGUAGAAUACUGGACAAGUUAUCACUGCCGGCCGAUGCAUCCACCGCGCUGUUCGGACAAUCUAACGGCAAUCGUAGGGAACAAUCAGCACAAGUGCAGCGAGCCGUCCGAGCUGUGCAUUAUUCCAAGCGCCUAAUUUCCCUGGUUGAGAGCAUGCGUGCCGCGCGGGACACAACGGAGUGGCCGAGAUUUUUGGAUAUCUAUGAUACGGUGAAGGAAGCACGUCAGGUCUUUCAAAUGGCGCUAGCGGGACGCCAUCCUAUGACAAUUAUGGAGUAUGUGCGACCGGAAGAAGGCCCGCGACAACUGCGAAAAAUGUCCAAGACCGUGGAAGCUAAUUUUAAAAUGCUGCACGAAGAUCGUCAUAAACAAGUUGUUUUUAUUCCCAUCCGCCACGAGGACUCUUUAUCCGGAGAAGAGGCGAAACCGAAUUCUCGUGGAUAUGCAAUAUGGAGACGAAUAAAGAAAUGCUUACCCGAAGAUUUCUCAACCAGUUCCCCUUCGACCGACAGUCGCGUCUGGUCUUGGCUGGCUGUUUAUAUUCCAUUUUUAUCGUGGAUCGUAAAAUAUGACGUCAAGGAUAAUCUUUUUCGAGAUGUUAUCUCUGGAUUAACCGUUGGCACACUGGCUGUACCGCAAGCUUUGGGAUACGCACUUGUGGCGGGUGUUUCACCGAUUUUUGGAUUGUACACUUCAUUUAUAGCCCCGUUUAUAUACGCGUUGUUCGGCACUUCCCGGCAUGUGUCCGUUGGGACGUUCGCUUUGGUGGCUUUGAUGUGCGGAGAAACCGUGGCGGAUGUGAUGGAGAGACAGAAAAUUGCGGUUAUCGUGGUUGAUAAUGCGAACGCUACGUUUAAUCGGUCAUCGAUAACAUCAGCGCCGGCGGUAUCUUCAUCGGAAGUAGCGUCCGUGCUAGCAGUUAUGGUCGGUGCGUGGCAGAUUCUGCUGGGCUUCCUUGGUAUGGGUGCUCUGACUGUGUUUCUCUCUGACCGCGUGAUCAAGGCUUUUGCAUGUGGGGCCGCUGUUCAUAUAUUGUGCACGCAGUUACAGUGGAUUCUUGGUUUAUCUCUCCCUAAACGUCGUGGACCAUUCAAUUUGUUUUAUAGGCUGUUUGAUGUCGCCUGUAGGAUACCGGACAUUCAUCUCGGUACAUUAUUGGUGUCCGGUAUAUGCUUCGCCGUGUUGGUCUUAGCGAAAUUCCUUAACGGAAAUGCUCGUGUGAUGAAAAUAAUACGAUUUCCUAUCCCGAUUGAGUUGCUUGUGAUUAUUUUCUCAUCACUCACGUCGUAUUUGAUGGAUUUGCAAACAGUUUACCGUGUUGACACCGUGAAGAGCAUACCACUAGGACUGCCGCAGCCGCUGCUGCCGCCCUUUUCUCUCGUGCAGGAAGUUAUUGUGGAUGCAUUCCUGAUUGCGGUGAUUGCUUUCUCCAUGGCAAUUUCGGCUGGUCGCGUAUUCUCACAGAAGCACGGAUACACUAUAAAUGGGAAUCAAGAGCUGCGUGCUUUGGGGUUUGCCAAUUUCUUUUCUGGAUUUUUCCAGUGUUUUCCGUCCGGUGUCGCGUUGGCACGGAGCCUUGUGCAAGAGUCUAGUGGAGGUCGCACUCAGAUCGUCAGUAUUCUGAUGGGUCUUGUUGUCGGUCUGGUGAUUGCCUUCGUCGGGCCUCUUUUGGAACCAAUACCCAAAUCCUGUCUGGGAUGCAUCAUAAUCGUGGCUCUUAGUCCAAGCUUGCUGGGCGUUACAGACGUCAAGCGUCUGUGGCGCAUUUCUAAAACCGAAGCAGCCAUGUUUCUGGUGCCCUAUUGCAGCAUCAUCAUAUUAGAUGUGGAAAUCGGCUUGGCCGUGGGUGUGAUCUUUUCGCUUAUAGCCACCGUUAUUUAUCAGUCCCAACAGUCCCCUGUGGAUCAGUUGGAGGCAGUAGAGAGAAGCUACGAUUGUUUUCCGGUGACAGAUCUGAACGAAAAUUUUCGUAUAAUUAGAAUGAAAGGUCCGCUAUACUUCGCCAACGCGGAAGCCUGCUUGAUGCGGAUGAAAGAGCAAGCGUGGCCGGAAAUAUCUAGUUUUCCGCCUUUGCCUGCCGGUGCGAAAUCUGAAGAUAGGGAUUAUCUUCUCAAGGAAAAUCCGGCUUUAAUUGUCGAUAUGGUAGCGGUGACGUUUGUGGAUAUUUCGGGAGUGGAUGCAUUGAAGAAGUUACACAAAGAAUGUACGAAAAAGAAGAUUCAAGUAUUUGUUUGUGCUGUUUCAGAAAAUGUCAAGAAAAUGUUAAUGAGGUGUGAAUUCGUCGUGGAAACUGGGAAGUCAGUCAGCUCUUCGGGCGGGCAGUUAUCGGAAGAUUAUCUCAAGGAUUCGGUGAUAGAUGCCGUUUAUGGUAUUAGGAAAUCCCGGUCUCAACUUGAUGAUUGAUUUUACUGUGACAUAUUGUGCAUGUUAUCGUGCAGCUGGUUUCUGUUUUCUAGUCAGAUUGUUUAACAUUAACCGUCCUUUUGUUAAUAUAAUCUGCAAAAUUUUCGCGAUAUUCAGUUUUUUACGUUUGCUGAAUUAUGGCCAGUCAACAAACAACGGCUUGCAAAUAAAUUAUUGUUAUCGG